CUUGGCCAGUGCAGUGCCAGUCUUGGUGCCAGUGCUUCAAAAGUCCGCAUCCCGUUCCGUGCCCUUCAAACUGACUUCAAUCCGAGUUCUAUAAAGUCUCGUCCCCGCUUUCUUUUUUCUGCACCUACUCCGUUGUCCUCCGCCUGUAUACUCUCGUCCACUUCUGCCUUUGCUUCCAUAUACCGCUUUGCUUAUAUACUUUACCCUCACCCAGCAUCUCACUCACCUACUUCUCACCGACCACCUUCUCAUUCUCCCAUAUGAUUCGUUUCGACAAUCUUCCCCCAGAUGUCAUGCAGGCAAUGUGCACCCCCAUGCACCAAAUCAUACCUCCCUCCGCGUCAUCGCGCACAGGCGCACUCUACCUCGGCUCCUUCUCAGCCAUCCUUGACCCCGACCUUCUCAACCAGAACCGCAUCUCUGCUCUCGUUCAGGUGCUUGAUGCGCCUUGGCUGCCAUCGGUCGAUGCACACGCCAAACAGGGCGUCAAAUUGGACUGCUUCAGAUUGGAUAUUAUGGACAGCACCACUGCCGAUCUCAAGCCUCAUUUGGAAGCGACAGUCAGGUGGAUCGAUGAGAAGCUGCGAAAGGGUGCCAACGUUCUCGUACACUGUCAACAGGGCGUAUCACGAUCUGCUGCAGUAGUGAUCGCAUACCUCAUCUACACCCAUAACAUGUCCUAUGAUGCCGCUUUCGAUCUCGUCAAGCGCAAGCGAGCAUGCAUCAAACCCAACUCUGGUUUCGUCCGAGCCUUGCAAGAGUGGGAGAAGCAAUGGCGUCUUCCGCGCGGUCAGAGACCCGACAUCCGACGUUCGGCUACCGCCCCCAAUCCCAUUGCGUACCGCUAGCCACCGUCUUUGACGGUGGGCUCGGCUUCGAUAUCACUGAACGGUAGCGGAAGUUGUACGAGGAUCGGAUGCGCUCGCGCUACCGAGGGCAUUCCACAGAGACUACCUCUAAUGUCGACUCGGUCAGGAUCUUGGUAUCGGAGUACAAGAGAUAGAAGAUAACUACCGUCACGUUUCCGGAGUGCAGGAGUUCUACGCGUGGAGUGCGGGUGAAGGACGGCUCGCGUCUGGUGCAAUGAGCAAUACACUCCGUGUUUCCAAUGAAGGCGCCGUCGCUCCUCGCCCGACAUCCUUCACCGGAUCUGCGACUUUCGUCCACGCUGGCGCCGCUACUUUUUCAUGACGUUCUUCAAUUCAAGAGGACGAUCGUGAGUUGACUUCCCCGGUUGUUUAACCCCAUUCGACACCCCCCCCCCCCCCCCCCCCCGCGGAGGUCCACCACCGAAUCCAGCCCUCCUUUACCCAUCCGCUCCAUGUCUACCCCCGCUCCACGUCCAUUGCACUUCUCUCUCGUCGUCAUCCUCCCAUUGCUUUGAUCGUGAUCGAGUGUAGAGACGUACCCUCCCCAUCUCCACCUCAUCUGAUUCGACAUCCCUGCAUCGUCUGUAUAUCAUGCAUCGCCGCUUUCUUUUUUCAUCACCAUAUUAUACCCCAGCAUCUAUAUAUUCCACGCUGCAUAUAUAUAUAUAUAUCGACGCAAGAAAAACAUUCACGCAUGCGUUGCAAUCGAUAUCAUCAUAUCACCCUCAUACGCUAUCGUAUUUGUCAUGCUCCAAGUAACAGACACGAAAAGAGAAGACUAUGUAUAAUGUGUAUAAGUAUGUACGUAUCUAAUUCCAGCACAGAUCUUUGUUUCUCAAUUGGCUCCUUUUUUGUUGUUUUUGGGCAAGGGCUGACGUAGAUUACAGUCUGUCUUGGUUAAUAGAUGUUGGCUAUGGAUCCAACUUUGAAAUGC